AUGAGGUCCUCUGCGUCCUCCACUGCCUCGACACCACCCGAGAGGAUUCGCCUACAACUAGCGGAGGGCCUUUUACCUCGAGUCGUCCCGGUGAACCAGUCCCUCAGCCUACCCAGCAGUCUGCCUAGGGUGGUGAUGCCCGACUGUCCCUCCCGGACAAGUAGAAUGGGACUCCAUCCAAAUGCCUUGGCUUCCUACUCCAGUGCUCCCUCUAUUUCGCCCAUCAGACUGGAGCCCCACCACCGAGAGGUCCAAGGUUGCCACGGUCACUUCCCUACUGACCAGGCGGGCGUUGGCUAUAGCCGUCUAGGGGAGAGUAAGAGUUCCUACGAGAGAUUCAUGGCUCUGUUCACAGCGGUCUUCAACCAUCCAGCAGAGGGAGAUGUGGACAUCUGCCAGGCUCUGGAGAGAGACCCGGCGCCUGCUACCUGCCCUCCUAAGCACAUCUACAUCCCCACGGUGGUCGCUAAGGCACUGUUCCAGCAGGUCUUCUGGCACGAUGACCUUCCAGAGGACAUCGUCUCCAACCGUGGCCCCCAAUUCACAUUGUGUGUAUGGAAAGCCUUCAUGGAGCAGCUGAGGGCCACAGCCAGCCUCGCUUCCAGGCUGACUCCUUUCCAGUGCAACCAGGGGUAUCAGCUGGCCACGAGGACCCUGAGCCAGAUCGAGGCCCCUGCGGUGGAUGAGUGGUUUCGGCUGUCACGCAUACUCCCGCUACCCCGCUCAGGCACCCAAAGUCGCGGAACAAUCCCCACCAUGCGUCGCAGAAGGUCAGCUUGUAGUGUCAACUCUGACAGCAGUGAGAUCGAUAUUGAUCUCUUAGCUGAGACAGAGUUGAGCAAACUUCAGAGACAGUUUCGCAUCAUGGAAGGAGACAGGCAGGCGUACACCGUAGAAUCACAGGAUCUCAUUCGCAGACAGCUGAGGGAGAUCCAAAGGCUCCAUGGUGAACGCGAGGAACUUCUCCGUAGCCUGCGUGUCUCAGAGAGUCCAUUUCGAUGCUCGGAUGACGCAGACGCCACGCAAAAUCUGAGCAGCAUGCUGGAGUACCGCGACAGGGUGGUGGAGCAGCUCGACUCUGAACAAGGGAAAAUGGCUUAUCUGAGACAGGAGAUUUUGACUUGGGAGAGUAAGCUGGCUGGCCAGAGGAGAGGGAGCACCACAUGCCACAGUCAGAAGUUGGAGGCAAACCAGACACAGAAGAACAGCCUCAUCCUGGAGAACAAACUGGACAGGGGUCGUGUUCGCUUCAACAAGCUUUUGGUCAAGAACGGGCAGCUGAGAGAGGAGCUGAAGAUCUUGCACGUGGAGAGGAAGCAGUUCCUCCACCUCUACUGCAGGAUGGAGAGGGAGCUGCAGGAGAUUCGCAAGGACAUCCGAGACAUGAUGGCUCAGUCCACUGCUGCUUUUGAGGCCAGAGUGGAGGCUCAGUGCAAACGGAUGCUGCUGAAGGAGAAAAAGGUGAAGGACCUGACCCAGUAUGGCACGGAGGUGAGCGAGCUGCAGCGGGUCAUCUCCCACGACCACCGCCUAAAGACCUUCAUGAGCAUCAAGGGCAACGAGUGCAGCAGCCAGGAGGAGGGCCAGGACCUGAGCCGCAGACAGGUAGUUGAGGAGAGGCAGCGCAGGAGACUGGGACUGGACACUCAGGGAGGGACUUUUGGGACUCUCGAUUCCUUGCAGGAGACCUUCCACAAGAUCCACUGUGUCACAGGGGAGGAGGACCUGCACAAGCUGGUGGGGACCUUCAUUCAGAUUGAAGACAAGAACUUUGCUUUGCUAAACUUUGUUAACGAACAGAACAACAAAGCCGAGACCUUGAAGGACGAAAUCAACCAGAUCCGCUGUGAGAUGGAGGUGGUUUCCAGAGAGGAGCGCAGACAGCAUGAGGAGCGCAGGGUCGUGCUUCGGGGGGUCAGUGUGCAGCAGCAGGCCACAGAGCAGCAGAUGGGGGGCUACCAGCAACGCAUCACCUCAGUGGGCAAGAUCCUCAACCAGCUGAAGACAGGAAUAGACCGUGUGUGCCACAACAUAGACUGUGACCGGUCAGUGAUCGAAGACAAGUUAGGCUCCUCGACCGGGAUCCGGGACAGCACCAUUAUGACUUACCUGGGAUUGGUGGAGCGCAGGACCAACGAGCUGCUGACUUUGCAGUCUUUCCUCAGCUCCAAGGACCUUGAUAAAGAUUACAAUCCUAGAAUGGUUGCCAGGCACCUCCUAGGACAAAGUCCACCACUGCCUAGGCAAAACAAAACGGUUGAGCCUCCCACUUCUGGGGAUGACAAUGACCCAGAGGAGUCCCUGCUAACAGACCAGGUGAAGCCCCUCUCCAAGGACGAGCUGCUCCCGCUGGUAAUGACGAGGAUGCAGAGGAAGGCAAGGAUCGUCCGAAAAUCAGCCUCCAAACUCAGCGUUGUGGCCAGCAGAAUCCACCAUGGCUCCCUAGGACUCUGAACUCAUCAUCGCUUUAUGAAUAUUGAUUGGACACACACAAGGAAAUAGUUUAUUGACCUCAUCCCUGGUAGAUAGACAGACCUCAUCCUUGGUACCUUGACCUAGUCCCAUGUAAUCUGACCUCAUCCCUGGUAGUCUGACCUUGUCCCUGGUAGCUGCAGACUGGGGGACCGCAGGAGGCCCACUCCUGUGGAAAGCAGCAUCACAGCCCUGCUUUCAUGAGCCAUUCAUAAUCUGUUACGUUUAUAAUGCCUCAUUAGUUGCAAAAUUGAAUUUAAAAGAAUUGAAGUAUUCAUUAUUUGUUCAUCAAAUAAAAUAUUCAGUGGUGUAAGCUUUUAAAGAUGUAUAAUAAAUCAUCUAAAUCAGAAUAAAUGUCAGCC